UGCCCCCUCCCGCUCCGGCUCUUACUUCUGCCUACCCUCGGCCAUGUGGUGGGUCGUCCUGGUGCUUCUGUCUUGCCAGGACAGGGAGCUGGCGGUCGGCGCCGGGGUGGGCCCCUCUCGAGGGCGGCGGUCGGAGGACAGCGGCGGGCCGCGGGGCGCCGAGCCUUUGACGCGCGCGGACGAGGCCGAGAGGAGGGGCCGCUUCGGGGAUCCUCCGGAGGCGACCAGGAGAGCCAAAAGAGGCUUCACGUAUCCCGGGACCCUGUGGUGCGGUGCCGGAAACAUGGCGGAUCAUUAUGACCAACUGGGGGAGUAUGAGGAGACGGACCGCUGCUGCCGCACGCACGACCACUGCCCCCACGUCAUCCACGCCUUCUCCUCCAAAUACGGGCACACGAAUUUCAAGUGGCACUCCAUCUCUCACUGUGACUGCGACGAGGCGUUGAAAGGUUGCCUGCGCCGAGCGAAUGACACGUCCUCCCGCGUGGUGGGGCAGGCCUUCUUCAACGUGAUCGGCGCCCCUUGCUUUCAGCUCGUCUACGAGGAGCGCUGCGCCGAGCGCCGCUGGUAUGGACCGUGCAAACGAUACGAGAAGCGGCCCAUCGCGGUGGUGAAGGAGGCGGUCCCGUACGACUACGGCGGCAUUGCCGUCAUUGACGUACUGACCAGGGCGCCCCCCGAAAGGAAGCGGGAGACCCCAACGCAAGCCACCCUGUCCGGCCCCGAGGAACCGUCCCUCGGAAACACGGGCGCCGCCCCCGCCGCCGCCGAGGACUUUGUGAAGGUGCUCGCCACCGUCUCCACCGCAUCCGCCGCCGACUCCGACAAAGAGUCGCCAAGCUCGGACGGUAAAAGGGCGAAAAAGAAAGACAGAGCCGAGAAGAAGACAAAAAAGAGAAAUGGGCAGAAAAGGCGGCAGAAAGUUGUUCGCGUUGAAGGAGUGGCGACGGUUUUAGCUUCAGGUGGCAAAAAAGCAGUCGAAAAGGUUCCCUCGAGGAACUCCGUCGCCGACCAGACGGCCACCCGAAGACGGAGUGACGGUCAGUCCGCUCGGAGUUCCGAUGACGUCCUGAAGGAUGAAGCGCCGAUGGGGACUGGCGAGUUGCGCGGGACGGCAGGACCGACCGGCGCUCCUCCGGGUUCCCCACCCAAAACCGUCCGGGGAGAGGAGAAAGCGCCUCUGGCCGCCCCGAAGGAGAUUCCCCGACUCACGAACAACCUCACCGCUCCCCUCGCGUCACAUGACGAACAACGCCCCGGUGAGGAGAUCCCGCCACCCGGAGUCGAGUCCGCCGACGUCUCCGGUGUCAAGUUUCCAUGGACGGCAGGAGAGGCCGGACCCCCUGCUGGGUCUCGGCCAAAAACGGGGCUGCCCAGGAAGGGCCGCCGAAAAGAGAACGCACGUGGGAUUCGUCCACCUGCGGUCGACUCCACCAAAAGCCUCCCCGUCAUCCCAACGUUCCGACAACGGCGCCCCGGUGAGGAGAUCUCGCAAGCCGCCAUCCGAUCCACCGGGAACCUUGUGAUGGCGGAAAAAUCCCGUCCUCCUGCCGGCUCGCUGUCAAAAACCAAGCGACCGAGGAAGGGCGGCAGAAAGGACAAGUUCCCUGCGACUUCGCCUGAGGAGGCCCCUCAACUUGCGCUCGACUUCACCGAGAACCGAAGCGCCACGCCCCUCCCCGCGAACCUGACAUCGCAGCGGCGCCCGAGCAAACAGAUCCCUCAGCCCGCAGGAGAUUUCACCGACAACUUCCGCGUCAGCUCGCCGACAACGGACGAAAGCGCUCCUCCGCUUUGGUCGCUGUCAAGAAACAGGCGACCGAGGAAAAGCAGGAGGAAGGAGAAAGCGUUCCCAACUUCCGCCCAGGAGGUCGCUCAACCUGCCGUCGACGAGGCGGACGAUCUCCGCGCCGUUCCGACGUCUCGAGCGCAACGUCGAGACCCCGGUGAGAAGAGGCCCCGGACGCACUCCGCCGGCGCCCCGGGUGUCUCCUCCGCUCUCACCGUCCAGAUCCCGAAAUCCGCCGUCCGCCCCACUGACCUCCAAAGUGUCCUUUCAAUCCAAGUCGUGCCGACGUCGCAGCAAGUCCCCCGCGAAGAGAUCUCUCAAUCUGCGAUCGAUUCCAAGUCCAGCCCGAGUGCCACAUCCACCCCAGCGUCACAAGCGCAACGCGGCCCCGCGUCUUCAGGUAGCACCGUCCAACCUGUACGGCAAAAGCCCACUGUCCCAGGCCCUCCGGGCACCCCCGAGGUCAAAAGAAACCGAUCGGGCGAGAGAGGGGACAGCGAGGGCCGGAAGAAAGAGCGGAAAGCGCGGCCGCAUCCCGGGGCUCCGAGCGUAACGCCUGCGGGGCCCACCCAAAGUCGGGACAUUGUUCCAGCAGUGGGAAUCCGAAAGAGACAAAUGUCCGGGCGCAGCGCUCAAAGGAUGAAAGCGGCUUCUGAAAGUGUGCCCUUGGCGAGUCUCGCCUCGAGCGCCGCCGCCGCCGACCCUUUCGGGAGCCUCGCUCGGAGAACCGGGCCCCGGAAGCUUGGGAGGAACGCGGCGCUCGUUAACGCCCACCGUGGAUUUGCCACCUCGGAAUUUCCCAAUUUGACAUCCGCACCCGAGGAGGGAGCGGAAAAGCGGAGAGCCGGGGUGUCCGCCGCCCGUCUCGCGAGCGCCGUGCGGCGGUCGAUGGAGAGAGCCGAAGAGCGGUUUGCCUGGAAGAAGAGACGAAAAGCAACCGGGAGCAUCAGACCGCAUUGAGCCGUGCGCUUCGGCGUCGCGCAUCCCGCAAAUGGUCGACAACUCAUCUGAUUUGCCUGUCGUGUGACGA